AUGAUGGUAGACCAUGGAAUGGAUUCCGAGGUGCUCCCAUACACAGCACCCCCUGGAGAGGAAGGCUUGGAGUUUAGUCAUGCGGGCGGAGAACAUGAAGCUUUUGAAGGUCUUGCAAGCCAAAUUGCUGAGAUCAGCGGCUGUCGCUAUACAGAUCACCGCACAUGCCAUGACCAUACAGAAAAUCAGAUGGCUCACUGGGAUAUUCAAAUAGGUCACCUUGUGGAUGCUUAUCUCGACUAUCGCUCUCGCUCUGCUGAGAAUGGCAUGCCAACCUUCAAUGAACCACUCAUGGCGCCAUCUUCAAGUGAUACUCAGUGCCUUUCGCUAAGUAAUAUCGAACUUGUAGAUCUUUUUCAUAUCCGCUCAUCGCCUCAAUCUUUGUUGUCUCACAAGUACCCUAACGAGACCCUGAUUUAUCAU